AGGCCGCAGGUAGAGCCAGCUUGCGGAUUCCGCAGUUCAGGUCUUGCAGGAGCGAGACGAGAGAGCGGUGCGCGUAAAAACGCAAGCCACCUCCGGAGCAAGGGGGGGGAAAAAAAAAGCCCAAAACGCAGCGGAGCUCGGAGCAUCCCAGCUGAGCCAGGCCUUUCUCUCUCUCUUUCUCUCUCCCCCACCCACCCUCUCCACUUCCCCUCCCUCUCAAUCUGGGCCCGGCGAUGGGGAAGGUCCAGCUCUUCGAGAUCCGCUUGAGCGACAGCCGGGUGGUUUACAGCCCAGGCGAACCCUUGGUCGGAAGCGUCACCGUUCGCUUAGCAGGAGCUCUCCAAUAUCGCGCCAUCAAAGUGAGCUGCGUGGGUUCCUGUGGAGUGUCCAGCAAGAUAAACGACACGGCAUGGACGGUGGAAGAGCAGUAUUUCAAUACCACGCUGUCCCUGGCAGAUAAAGGGACGCUGACCACUGGCGAGCACACCUUUCCCUUCCGUUUUUUGCUGCCAGCCUCGGCCCCCACCUCUUUCGAAGGUCCUUUUGGGAAGGUGAUGCACCAGGUGAAAGCUGUCAUCGAGACCCCACGGUUUUCCAAGGACCACAAGUGCCACAAGGUCUUCUACGUUCUCUGCCCGCUGAACCUGAACGAUAUCCCAGAUAUCGAGCAAUGCAACACCAACUCCAUCACCAAGAAGUUCAGCUACAAGCUUGUGAAAACGGGGAACGUGGUUUUGACGGCCACCACCGAUCUCAAGGGUUACACCGUCGGGCAGAUCAUCCAGUUGCGAAUGGACAUCGAGAACAAAUCUGGCCGGGAUACCAGCACUAUUGUGGCAAGCCUUAUCCAGAAAGUUGCCUAUAAAUCCAGGCGGUGGAUUUACGAUUUGAGGAGCAUCGCAGAAGUGGAAGGCUCGGCGGUGAAAGCCUGGAAGCACGCAGAGUGGAAGGAGCAGAUUCUGGUCCCCGCAUUGCCUCAAUCCAUUCUGCAAGGCUGCAGUCUUAUCCAUAUCGAUUACUACAUCCAGGUCUCCCUCAAGUCCCCCGAAGUCUCGGUCGCGUUACCCAUUUACAUCGGCAACAUUCCCGUCAACCGGAUCCCCUUAAGCCCUUCCCACUUGCUCCCCAACGUUCCCUCCCCUGUGGUUCCCAGCGCCCCUCCGGAAGAAGAGGAAGCAGCCGGCGGAUACUCUCACCCCAUGGACAAUAUUUCCAUCCCGACCAAGAGCCAUUCUCAACAGCAGCCCUUCAGCUAUGCCCCGGGAUUGAGUUUCCCGGAAGCCAGAGCGGAUUCUGAACAGAUCACCCCACCCAACCGCCCCACGCUUUGCUUGUCCACGGGAUCGACGAUUCCUUAUUACGCCGAGGGGGCGGUCGUCCCGGUAGCCACGGCCAGCUCUUUGAUCCUACCGCCUGAGUAUAGCACCUGGGGUUAUCCAUACGAGGCCCCUCCUUCGUACGAACAGAGCUGUAGCAGUGCGGCCUCCAGCUUGAGCAACGACAACUAGGCUCUGAAGAAGACCACGGUGAAUCGGGAGGGAAGGAAGGAACGGUACACAGCGUCGCUCGGAAGAGGUUAGCCUGGCCUGGCCACGGGAACCGUUGGCGGCCACUCCCCAACGCAAUGGGUGCCUUUAUGACAUCCCACGUGUGACCUGUGCAAUCCCGCCACCUUCUUUUUUGCUACUUUUUACUCUCCAAAACACCGGCGAUGCCUUAUCGGGUGGAAUGGAACCAGAAUCCAAGUUAGCGGGUGGACUUUUUCGAGCGCUUGAAGAUAUAUCCUUUUCUGGUUUUGGAGGGCUGUUCGUUGACUUCCCAUCCUGGGAUUGACUCUCUGGACAGUUCCGUUUUUGUUCUCCUGCCUUGACGUUCUAGAGAGCAAGGGAAAUACUGUCGGAGAGCUCGUUUCUGUGAUCCGCGGACAUCCUUUUCCCCCCCCCCCCACGACAUAACGGUGUCAACAGGUUAUCGGCCGGAGUUCCUGCAGCCUUUGGAACUUGGGUGCCUGUAUAUUGGAGCUUUGUCAAGGUCUGUCAUCGUAGGAGAAAGAUGGAAGGUAGACCCAAGUCUUUUUUUCCGUAGCGCCGAGGCCAACCUUGGGUAGAAGAAAGAAUCGUUCUGGAUGUUAGCUUGGCCUCCGAGACCAAGGAAGUCCUAACGUGUUCAAGCCACUCUGGUUGGCCAGGAUUCCGUUCCAGACAACAUCUUCGACCAUUGUGUCUCUGAGCAUCAGUAGACCCUUAACUUCUUCUCCUGAAUCCUCCUGAACGUUGAACUUUCCAUCCGGUUGGUAGCAUCUGACAAUCAUGGCUUGCGUCCAACUUCUACCUCGGCUUUCCUGUUUCCCGUGAAACGAGAUGGAACCACGAAAAGGGGAGAGAGAGAGAGAGAGAGAGAGAGAGAGAGAGAGAGAGAGAGAGAGAGAGGUGGCUAAAAUUUAAAGUACCUAUCUAAUUUUGGGGGGAAAAAACCCACAAAAACAAAGAUCUUACAUCUCAAGGACCUUUUGACCGCAAAGGACUUGGUCCUGAUGAUCCCCUUGCUGGCACCAUCACUUUCUCUGGCUGGUGAUCCCUGCCCGAUCGUGGCUGGUUAGUUAUUUUUUAAUCAUUGUCGUUAUUUUUUUUAAAAAAAUUGUUCUUCAAAAUGGACGCUUCCCAAGAGAUGCUACCCCUGCCACGAUCUUCUCUCAAACCAUCAAGGGAGCAUCCGGUGCUUAGUUCGAGAAGCAGUGACUAGGUUUCCUAUCAAUGCACCUAAACAACCCCCCCACCCCAUCUGGUUUUCUUCUCCUUUCCUGUCAACUAUGAAAUUACUCAAUGGGUUACAAUCUCCCAUCUUUUUCACAGAACCUCAGUCGCGUGGACCCAACCCACGCGGACGCCUGCAAUCAACUCUUUUAUUUUUAAUAAGGUGAUUGAAACCACUCUCUCCUCCCUUCCUCCCUCUGUCUGUCUGUCUGUCUGUCUGUCUCUAUCUCGGUUUUCAAUCGACCUGUUUUGAUUGUGAAAUUUUUUAAAAAAGCAAUUUUAUUGUAUUUAAUAAAUUAUUCUGGGAAAAAACUGCCAGAAUGGUUUCUUUCGGUGCUCCU